AUGAACAGCACCAUGGUGAGAGAAUUCAUACUCUUGGGCUUUACUGACAACCAUGAGCUUGAAUUAUUCAUUUUUCUUGCACUCUCUGGGACAUAUACUUUGACCAUCAUGGGGAAUAUGGUAAUCAUUGUGAUCACAUUGGUGGAUCGUCAUCUGUCCACCCCAAUGUAUUUCUUCCUCCGACAUUUUGCCCUCUUAGAGAUUGGUUUCACCACUUCCAUCAUUCCCAAAGCAUUGGCCAACAUGGCCAUGGGCCAUAAGAGUAUCUCUAUAUCUGGUUGCUUCACUCAAUUCUUUCUGUACUUUGUCUUGGGGACUACAGAGUUCUUUCUGUUGGCAGUAAUGUCUAUUGAUAGAUAUGUGGCCAUCUGUAACCCUCUUCGUUAUUCAACAAUAAUGCAUGGUAAAGUCUGCUCAUUACUGGUGCUUGGCUCUUGGCUUGCAGGUUUUAUAUUGAUUCUAGGUCCAGCAGUUGCAUUAUUUGUGAUGCCGUUUUGUGGCCCAAAUACCAUAAACCACUUUUUCUGUGACAAUGGUCCAUUGAUCAAGCUUGCAUGUAUUAAUACAAGUCUACUUGAAAUUGCAGACUUCCUCAUUGCCAUAUUAUCUCUCAUUGGAACUUUGACAGUUACCAUUGUAUCCUAUGUCAACAUUGUUUCCAGCAUCUUGAGCAUCCCAUCAUCUGCUGGGAGGCAGAAGGCCUUCUCAACUUGUGCAUCUCAUAUCACGGUGGUGUCCAUCACUUACGGCAGCUGUAUUUUCAUGUACAUAAAACCUAAAGGCUCCAAUGAGUUCAACUUCAGCAAGUCAGUGGCCAUCCUUAACAUAGUCGUGUCUCCCUUUCUGAAUCCAUUCAUAUACUGCCUACGGAACAGGCAGGUUCAAGAUGCCCUGAGAACUGCUUUUAGACAGGCUGUUGGGUUAUGUCAAAGGUCAAAAUGA